GGCGGUGUCGCGUGAUGUGGGCAGCACUGGCGUGUAUGAGGGAAAAUGCAUCGUCUCGGACAACUGUGUACCUCCAAGAUCGCUUUCAAUUCCUUCUUCUUCACGGUGCCGCGGGGAGAAAAUGCGAAAGUCCAAGAAAAAGAGUGGAAGAGGGGCGCAGCAUGGAAACGUGCAGCCUUUCAGCGACGAGGACGCGUCGGUUGAGACGCUCAGUCAUUGCAGCAGCUUCAGUGAUGGCACCAGUGGAGCAGAUGAAGGUGGUGAAGCCUGCGAGGAUGCAGCCCAGGAGGAUUUCCAGUACAAGCUUAAGGGGUUCAUAGACAGCACAGUGGACAAGAGUGCGAAGACCAGACAGGGUGCACUGGACGGGCUGAAGACCGCAAUGGCCACACGCAUUCUGUACGAGUUCAUCUCCGAGCGAAGGAUGACCAUCACUGAUAGCAUCGAACGUAGCCUGAAGAAAGGUAAAGGCGAGGAGCAGCGGGCGGCGGCGUCUUUAGCCUGCCUGCUGUGCAUCCAGCUGGGCUCGGGCAUCGAGAGCGAGGAGGUGUUCAAGACCCUCAAGCCGGUUUUCAAGAACAUCCUGGCCGACGGCGCCGCCAACAUGCAAGGCAGACAAGUGGUGGCGACAAGUUUGGGUCUUUGCACUUUGGUUGCAGAAGAUGACGUUUUGGACGUGCGUACCACCAUGGAGUGCUUCGAGAACCUCUUCACCCGCUCCUACGCCAGGGCGGACGGCACGUGCCCCUCCGUCGGCGCGCCGACGAGCCAGCUCCACACCAACGCCCUUCUGUCCUGGGCCCUGCUGCUCACCAUCUGCACCGGCAGCCAGCUCAAAGAAAUCUUGCACCAUCACAUGCCCAAGCUUCCGAGGUUGCUGGAAAGCGAUGACGUCAACAUGAGAAUCGCAGCAGGCGAGACCAUCGCGCUGCUUUUCGAGCUGGCCAGAGACAUGGACCCUGAGUUUGAGAUCGACGGCUGGGACGAGCUGUGCGACAAACUGAACGCGCUGGCCACCGACUGCAACAAGCACCGGGCCAAGACGGACAAAAAGAAGCAGCGUUCCGUGUUCAGGGACGUGCUCAAGGCUGUUGAGGAGGGCGACUUCCAGUCGGAGAGCAUUCGCUUCGGGACGGAACGCAUGACCAUCGACAGCUGGCUCAGGAAGAGGACGUACGACGCCUUCAGGGAGUUUGUGGGCUCGGGAAUGAACUACCACUUGCAGGCUAAUGAAUUCAUCCGAGACGUGUUCCAACUCGGACCUCCGGUGCUGGUCGACUCGGCCACGAUAAAGGCCAUGAAGAUCUCCCGCUUUGAGAGGCACCUUCACAACUCUGCCGCUUUCAAAGCCCGGACCAAGGCCAGAAGCAAGUUCAGGGACAAGAGAUCAGAUGUGGGCGACUUCUGAGAUUUGAGACCUAUUUUCAAAAUUUCCCAGUUUCGGAUAAUUUUAAUUUUUUGUGCUCAUAAAAAUGCUAAUACACGUUGUGUAGCUUCGUUUUCACUACACUAUAUAUUUGUAAUUUAAGCCUGUUCGCACUAAUCUCGAUAUUGUACAUAGUGCAUUUGUUGUUUUGUGGCGUAUUCCAUGUUGACCCAAGUUAUUUUAUGUUCAGAUUGUAAGUCGCAAUGACUAGUUGUAUUUUUUUUGGGGGGGGGGGGGGCUCCAUUUUAACUCAUCCAUGUUACAUUGCACUACCCCUGUGAAUCCUGAAACUUGUAAUUGCUGUUUAAUGUGUUGUAUUGGGUGUAUCGAGAAAAAAAUGUGGGAUAAUAAAGUGCUAACAAAAGGA